AUGAUAUUCGGGAAUACUUGGAUGAGGUGGAUGGAAGCAUGUAUCUUUAAGAUUCAUGUGUCUAUAUUGUUCAAUGAUAACCUUACUAAGGAUUUUGAGGUGGGAAUAGGGCUAAGGAAGGGAAAUCCUCUAUCUCCAUUUCUUUUUGUGUUAGUUGUUGAAGGAUUAUCGAGUUUGAUAUAUGCUUCAAAAAGGGGCGAUUUUGAAAGCUUUAGAGUGGAUGAGGGGCUUUCGGUGGAAAUCAUUCAAUUUGUGGAUGAUACUCUUAUCAUAGGAGAACGAGGUUGGAAGAACUUAUGGAGUAUUAAAGCUAUUCUAAGGGGCUUCGAUCUUGUUUCAGUUUUUAGUGUUAACUUCCAUGAGAGUAUGUUAAUUGGUAUCAAUGUGAGUAAUCACUUUCUUGUUGUUGCGUCUAAUUUUCUAUCUUGCAAGAUCGAGGAACCAAGUUUUAACUUCUUAGGCAUCCCUAUUGGUUCCAACCCUAGAGGGAUUAAAUCUUAG